UCUUAUCUGUCAGACUGCUGAUCUCUUUCUCCCAUUUUUCUUUCCAGGUUUCCAUCUUUUGGAUAAGUUCCAGUUUGAGAUCUUCCAGAGCUUGUUGAUAGUUUCCAUUUUGGGAGGCAUGUUCUGAUUUUUUUUUGGAUUUCCUCCUCAUUCUCCUCUUUUCCUUGGGUACUUCCACCAUAAAAGUUUUCAAUAGUCACUUUUUUCCCUUUCUUCCUGGAGGCUUGAUUUUGGGCCAUGUGAGCCAUCCCUUUGGUGGUUUUAUUCUCCUUUCCUUUUUGGUCUGGGGUCUGGGUUAUAUGGGCGGUUUUUCUGUGAAUUUAGGUUGCUUCAGACUAGUUCUUCCCAGCCUCCGAGGUUUCUUAGAGAGUUGGGUCCCUGAUCACAGCCACACUGCCCAGGUGUUCAGCUCCGCCCAGAUAAUCAGUGCGUGGUCCGCCCCUGGUGUUUAGCUCUGCGGAGAUGUUCAGCACAGCCGCCUCAAGUACAGCUCCGCUGACCCCCGUAAUCAGCGCCAGAUUCUCCAGUGAAACCGCCCUGAGACGUUUUUUCCUGGCAGUCCCCAGAUCUCAAGGACCCUGGAGUGCAGACAGAGACGUUCUCCACUCACUCGCUGUCCCGUUGGCAUCCAGCAUCCAGUCAUGGGGGACAUGAAAACCCCGGAUUUUGAUGACCUGUUGGCUGCCUUUGACAUCCCAGACCCAACCAGCCUUGAUGCCAAGGAGGCAAUCCAGGCCACCAGUGAGGAGAAUGAGAGUCCUCUGAAACCAGCUGGAAUGUGUAUGGAUGAAAGUGUGUCCUUGACCCAUUCAGGGUCAGCUUCUGAUGGCCCAACUGUGAGUGUCAUUGUUAAGAACACCAGUCGUCAAGAAUCAUUUGAAGCAGAGAAGGGCCAUGUUAGCCCCAGCCUUUUACAUAAUGGAUUCCGGGGUCCUGAACUUCCCCCAGAUCCUCAUGACCUGGGACACAACUAUGGGAAAUUUGAUUCUAGUUUUAUGAAUGGAGAAAAUGCUAGGAGUUAUUCUGACAAGUUGGACCCACCCAAGUCAGAGCCUUUACCAACAUUUAGCCAGUUCAGCCCAAUCUCCAGUCCAGAGCCGGAUGAUGCUCUUAAAGACAGUGGAUUUGGAGAGAAACAAAAGCAUUCUGAAAGCCCUUAUUUCCCUCCACCAUCUGUAUACAUCUCUGCAGGGACUUCGGCCUUAGAGGUGCUUGGGAAGUUUCCUGUUCCAGAACUGAGUAUGUUUGAUCACUAUUGCAAGAAAGAAGAAAAGAUGGAACUCCAGGAUCACCAGGAAAGCGACCAGGUUGUUAGGGAGAAGGAACAUGACCAUAUAAUUGAGAAAAUGGUAGAAUGUAAGAAGGAACUGGUAGAUGAAAAUGAGUUCUUUGGAGAAGCUCUGGCAUUCAAUAAUGUUCCUGGCAAUAAAACUGGGGACCCCAAAAAUCUCAUCCCUGAGCUAAAUAUUUGCUCAUCUGUUCCUCCACGACAGCGCCUUAAACCAGCUCAUUCUAAGUUGUCCUCUUGUGUUGCAGCUUUGGUGGCCCUACAGGCCAAAAAAGUGGCUGGUAUUUCAAAGGAUGAUAAGGCUAGUAUUACAAAAGAGCAUUUAGGGCCUAUUAGAGAAGGCUCUAAGGGUAGUCCCAAAAUGCCCAAAUCACCAAAGAGUCCCAGAAGCCCAACAGAGAUCACAAAAAAGAGCAUUAAGCCUCCAGACAGCCCCCGGAGCAUUUGCAGUGACAGUAGUGGCAAAGGAUCCCCAUCUGUGGCAGCCAGUUCCCCACCAGCAAUUCCCAAAGUGAGAAUCAAAACUAUUAAGACAUCAUCAGGAGAAAUCAAGAGAACUGUCACAAGUAUCUUGCCAGACCCAGAUGAUCUGAGUAAGUCUCCAGUUGGAUCCCCUGUGGGUAGUGCCACUGCAGAGGAGACCAGUGUUCGAUUCUCCCCGUUAGUGGCACAGAGGGAUGUGCCAGAGUGUGAAACCUGUAGUAUUUCUACCCAAACUGCAGAUGAUCUUUUUUCAGGGUCAGUUGUGGAGGCAAAGAGCCCCCAGGAUGAUGAGAAAGGAGAUGAAAGCAUGAGCAAGCCCAGUGAAACUUCAUCACCAUGCCUCAACUCCAGUAACAGAGUUACAAAGGUGGCACCUGUGGUUUCUCAGCAGAGCAAGAAGCAGCAACAGCAAAGUGUGACAGUGCAAGCAUCUCCUUCAGCUCCUGCCAACCUCCUCCCCAAAGCUGUGCAUCUGGCAAACCUGAACUUGGUCCCCCAUAGUGUUGCUGCAUCUGUCACCGCCAAGUCCUCUGUGCAGAGGCGGAGCCAAUCCCAACUAACACAGAUGUCUGUGUCCCUUGUCCACCAGGUGAAAAAGGCUGCUCCUGUGGAGGUCUUUAAUAAAGUUCUCCAUGGUGCCAAUCCUGUGCCCAUAUAUGCCCCAAACCUCAGCCCCCCUGCUGACAGCAAGAUUCGAUUGCCAUCCAGUGGUUAUUCCUGCUUGGAGUGUGGGGAUGCAUUUGCCUUAGAGAAGAGCCUCAGUCAGCACUAUGGCCGGCGGAGUGUCCACAUUGAGGUUCUGUGUACCCAGUGCUCCAAGACCCUGCUCUUCUACAACCGGUGCAGCCUUCUAAAACAUGCACGUGACCAUAAGAGCAAAGGACUUGUCAUGCAGUGUUCCCAGCUCCUCAUGAAACCCAUCUCUGCAGACCAAAUGUUUUCACAGCCCCCUACAAACUCCCCAGCACCAGCACCCCAGCCUCCCCCUGCCUCUCCUAAAGCCAGUCCAGUUACUGGAAGCACCAACCCUGCUGCCCCUGCAAUGCCGCUCUACCCUGACCCACUAAGACUUGUCCGGUAUGGGGUCAAGUGUCUUGAAUGUAACAAGCAAGUGCAGGAUUACAUAGCCCUGGCUGCUCAUUAUCAGAGGAUGGCCGAGGAGACGGAGGGGCUGACUUGUCAGGUGUGUCAGAUGAUGCUACCCAACCAGUGUAGUUUCUGCGCCCACCAGCGAAUCCAUGCACACAAGUCUCCUUACUGCUGCCCUGAAUGUGGAGCACUCUGCCGCUUGGCAUAUUUCCAGACCCAUGUGAAGGAGAACUGUCUGCACUAUGCCCGAAAAGUGGGCUUCCGGUGUAUCCACUGUGGAGUUGUCUUUGUGACCUUAGCCUUGCUGAAGGGGCACAUCCAGGAACGGCACUGCCAGGUUUUCCACAAGUGUGCAUUUUGCCCUAUGGCCUUCAAAUCUGCUAGUGGCACUGCUGCCCACAGUGCUGCCCAGCACCCUGCCCAGCCACACAAAGCCUCUCAAUUGAUCUAUAAGUGUUCUUGUGAAACUGUCUUCAACAAGAAGAAGCUGAUGCAGCAGCACUUUUAUCAGAACAACAACAAACUGAUGGUGGGAGUUUUCAAGUGCCCUGACUGUCAGCUUGUGUUCAUGCAGAAGCAGUUGCUAAUGCAGCAUGUCAAGAAUGUCCAUGGUGUCCCACGAAAUGUGGAAGAGCUGCCCAGCCUACGGUCUACAACUGAGAUACCCUCUGGCCGCCCAGGCUCUGGGAGCCCUGCCGAGCCAUCAGCCACUAGUACUGCUGGGCAGAGUGGGGCCCAGACCUCGGUCUGCUGGGAUAGGCCUGGGGAGCGCCGUGCUGAAGCCCAGACCAAGGCUGAGAUGAAGCCUAGAUUGAGGAGCACUGGCUGGACCUGCCAGGAUUGCCAUGAGUGGCUCCCUGAUCGAGAGAGCUACGUGUCUCAUAUGAAGAAAAGCCAUGGCCGGAUAGUGAAGCGCUAUCCAUGUCGGCAAUGUGAGUGCUCCUUCCAUACUGUCAUUAACCUUCGACGACAUAUCCGAAAUAACCAUGAUACAGCUAAGAAGGUUUAUACUUGUUGGUAUUGCACAGAGGACAAGCCCAGCUUCCCUCAGCUCUCCCUGUUGGAGAACCAUGUCAGCCUUAUGCAUGGCAUCAAAAAUCUAGACUUGAGCCAGACGUCCAAAGCCAGACCACCUGCUGGAGAGGCCUCCCAGGUGAACGAUCUGAAGAGACCGGCUGCUGGAGUUGGAGGUGCCCCAGGCUCUACCAACGGAGCAGCUGUUCCCACCACCAAAAGAGCCAAGGCCCUAUUCCAGUGUGCAAAGUGCAGCUUUGCCACAGACUCGGGGCCUAAGUUUCAGAGCCACAUACCUCAACACCAGGCAGACAGCUCCACAGCCCAGUGUCUGCUCUGUGGCCUGUGUUACACCUCAGUGACCUCCCUCAACAGACACCUCUUCAUCGUUCACAAAGUGAGAGACCCAGAGGAGACAGAGGAGGGGGACCCAGAAGGGCCUGGGAAAGGAGCUCCCAUGGAAAUGAAUGAGAAUGGGUGUGAAGACUUUCAUGGGGAGGAAAGCCAAUGGAAGAAGGACUGGGAGCAGGACACAGCAGGCCAUCUGCAGGCUGCUCAAGACCAGAACAGCCACAUGACAUCUCCUGGGGUGUAGCAAGUGCUUUUGAAAUGUGGGAGGGUAAAGGAGGGCCAUGCUGUCCAAGUACCUACCUUGAGGAGAAGAGGAAAUAAAGAGCUGUGCCCCGUU